CGAGUAACGACCCCCGCCAUGAACACGCACUCCCCCCCCCUCCUCGGCCUCCAGGCGCUCGCCGUCUCCCCGCCCGCCUACCCGCCCGCCUACCGCUACAACCCCGUGUUCGGCGCCCCCCCCGCCGCCAGCCCAGACUGGUCCCCCGCGAACAAGCGCAGCUCCCGUGGCCUGCCUAAUAACUGGUACGACCCCCACGAGUACCGCCCCGACGUCCCCUCCCCGCCCCCCACCCUCUCCCCCCCCUCCUCCGCCCCCAACCCCCGCCAGCCGUACCCGUACCAGCCCUACCCCGACGGCGCCUUCGCCACGCCCAUGGACAUCGUCCGCACCCCCUCGCCCCCCAUCGGCUACGCGCCCAUCGGCUUCGCGGGCGCCUACGCCGUUUCCCGCCAGCACCCGCAGGCGUCCCACCCCGCCGACGGGUGGAGGAACGGCUACGCCAUGCCCGCCAUCCCCACGCAGGACGACGAUGUCAUCCCGACCGCCAUCGUGAUCAAGAACAUUCCAUUCGCCGUCACCCGCGAGACACUGCUGGGCGUGAUGGAGUCCCUUGGCGCGCCGCUCCCCUACGCAUUCAACUACCACCACGACAACGGUGUCUUCCGCGGACUGGCGUUUGCAAAUUUCCGCGCGCCAGACGAAGCAGCGAGUGUGGUUGCCGCGUUGAACGGGUACGAUGUCCAGGGGCGGAAACUGCGGGUCGAAUACAAAAAGGUCCUGCAGCCCGGCGAAAAGGACAAGAUUGAGCGGGAAAAGGCGUUGAAGCGGAUGAGGAGUUUGCAGUUUGACCGUAAAGAGAUGCCUCCUCCGCUCACCCUUCCCACCAGACACCAGCAGCCCCCGACGCUCGCCGGCUACGACCAGUCGCCACCCCAUUCCGCAUCCGCCGCGUCGACCAACUCCAACUCGCAGGCCGACAGUCUCCCGUCCACGCUCGACAUGAACGACCCCAUGACGCUUGACAUUUACUCCAGGGUCUUGGUCUUCAAAGAAGACCGGAUGCGGGACGAGCUCGCGUUCUCAAAGAACCUCUCCCCGACCGAACGUCGUAUAGUCCAUCUCGUCGCGCAAAGGCUUGGACUCACAAGCGUCACCCGUGGCGAGGAAGAACAGUGCGUCGUGGUCACCCGCGAACCGCAACGUCCCGCCCUCCUGUCGACCACCUCUCUCACAUCCCCCACCUACCUCCUCCCUUAUGGCUCCCAACAAAAUUCCGCUUCCUCUAGCGGCGGCGGCGGCGGCGGAUCGGGCGACCCGUCACCGAAUUUGAGGUACAAGAAAUCCAUGCCCGACUUGCGAGGCUUCAACGGCCCCGCCGUAGCGCGUGAUCCUGCGAGGAGCUUGAACCCACAGAGAAGUUCAGGAAACAUUCGAGAGAUGGGUAGAGAGUAUGCGAGCAUGGGCGCAGUCGGAGGAAGGAGGUUGAACGGACAUGCUUCCGCAGCGACGCUGAAUGUCAACGGCCAGAAUCAUCCCUAUGGAAACGGGAGCGGACGAGAACAAGGGUAUGGAGCGUUCAACGGCCUGUUUGGAAACUCGGUCAAUGAUAUCCCGCCCGUCCCGCCUCUUCCCAGUGGAUUGGGGAUGCAUAACAAAAUGUACUCCGUCAGCAGCGUCCAUAAUGUGAACGGGAUCGGCCAUGGCCAUACCCACUCCCAUUCAUAUUCCCAAACCCAUUCGCAUGCGCAGAAUGGACGAGUUUCGCCCGAGGACUUGCUCUCCCCAACUUCUACCACCAGUUUCUCGGGACAGCAGCAAAUACCCUCUCCCCAACCUCAGCCUUCUCAAUCCCAGCAGUCGCAGUCCUCCCAACCUCCAUCAUCUCAGACCGCUUCUCAGUCCCAGUCCCAGUCCCAACCACUUCGCAACCCGCGUGGACCAGCCGGCGAAUCCCGCGGAUUCGGCGGUACCCAGUCAUCUCUCAACGGUAUCAGUGGCCUCGGCGGUCUGAAAUCUGUGGCGAGUAGGAACAUGUUGGGCGGCGGCGGCAGCGGCGCCGGUUCGGGCUCCGCCCCCGGUCCUCCCGGUUCAGUUAUCGGUGGAGCGCCCGUCUCGUCUUCGCCCGCUUCGACAGGUAGUGCGAGCGUUGGAACCGGAGGGUACGAGAGGGAUACAGAGGAAACGAUGAGGACGAGGGAGAAUUUGGAUAUUUAAUUGUUAAUGUCUCGUACAUCUUUUUUUCUUUUUCAACAGAGAACUUUUCCCUUCUUUUUUAUGCCCCUUCAACACUAUUAUUAUUAAUCAUCUGUUGACGUUCAAUGUCCCUCGCAACGCAAGUACGCUAGAAUACGCUUCUCAUGCCCCAACUCAAUCUUGCUACGAAUUUAUAUAAAAAAACAAAGACGCCAUUCGCCAUUCGCCAUUCCACUUUAUACCUUUUUUUUCCCUCUUUUACUUUUUUCUUUUCCUUGGACGUGCCGGGGCGGAGGGAGAGGCAAACGGGAUGAUUUUGGGGCACGGGGCGAAACAAUGAAAAAAAAAAAAAAAACGAAACGAUGAAAUGAUCAAGACCAAACAACAUCUUAUCUAAACAACUAGAUACCUCUGUUGCCUUUUUAACGACAUUCCAAAUGUAGUUCUUUUAUAUCUUUUCACGGCGACGAUUUGACAAGAUGCUUUUUUCUUCUACAGUACUUUUGCCUCUUACUGAUCUCAAAUUAUCCAUCACCUUUUCUUGCACGAUUGAUUUUACCUAUCUAUACAUACAAUG